GGAGUCUCUUUGUCGUUCGGUGUCUUCCAAGAUUACUACACAAAUACACUCAAAUUCAGCGACCGUUCAUCCUGGAUUGGUGUCCUUAAUGCUGGCAUCCCGUUCUUGGGAGCUCCAUUGAUGACGAGGCUUUCUCACAGUACACGGUUUCCAUUGCAAUACUAUAUAUUCGCUGGAUGGGCAUGCUGCAUAGUAGCACUCUUGGGCAGUGCUUUUUGCCAUACUCUCGGAAGUCUGGUAGUCACCCAAGGCCUUUUAUAUGGACUGGGGGUGCUUCUCUCGGAGAUGCCAACCUUCGUCAUCUUCAAUACGUGGUUCGUACGGAGACGAGGUCUGGUCUAUGGCAUAGUUUUCGGUUCGACAGAUCUUUUUGGUGUUGCAUCGAGCUUUGCUGCCAGCACCAUGUUGAGCAAGCAUGGUAUGAAAGCCACAUUUCUCAUGUUUGCGGCAAUCUGCUUCGUCAUUACCGGCAUAGCGAUUUGUUUCCUGAAACGACGACCGUCCACCAACUACUCCCCAUCAGCCACCGUCCCGCUUCGCUACUAUCUUCGACCAUCCUUCUACCUUUUCAUGGCCGCGAACCUCCUGCAAUCACUUGCAUUCUACCUACCGUUCAUCUACCUCGCAUCCUACACAACAAUGCUCGAUUCUUUGACCUCAAGAGGAGCAGGAGCAAUCGUUCUUGCUGUGGCCAACGCGGCCCAGAUCGUUGGGGAACUCACUUUUGGAGCGUUAUCUGACAAAGUCAACGUGCAUAUUCUGGUGGCCCUUUCGUCCCUGUUGGCAUGUCUAUCUACGUUUUUCCUCUGGGGUUUUGCAGAUUCAUUUGGGUUGCUGAUCGCAUUCGCAUUGGCUUUUGGUGGUACUGCCAGCGGUUUCCUCGCUCUCUGGCCACGGAUAGGAACUCUGUUUGGGGAGUCUGAUGCGAGUAUGAUAUACAGCUUCAUGUCCUGUGGGAGAGGGUUGGGUGCGAUCGUAUCUGGACCUAUCAGUACUGCCUUGAUCCCUGAUCGGCGAGCCGAUCAGCCUGCUUUGUCUGCACAGGACAAGUUCAGACAUGUCAUUCUGUUUGUCGGGGUGUGCAUGGCUAUAAGCUCCGCGGUGGGAUUUACGUGCUUGUUUGCAUCGCUGUGGAAGAACAAAAGGAAACUUUGCAUGAAACUAGACUGUCGAUGUUGUAUAGCUUAG